CACAGUGCUGGCUGCGGCUUGCUGUGUGUUGUGUGGCUACAGCUUUGUUUGGGGGAAGAGAGGAACGCGUGGGCAACUUGUCUUCCUUAGCAGAUGAACUUCGAGGUGAAGUUCACUUCCCCUGUUACUUACAAGCUGAAACUGGCCUAGACGUGCAUGGUCAUAAUGUCUCGGGAGACGGAUGUGGAGGGUCAACCGUCCCAUGGCAGCGGUGCCUGUUCACAGUCCCAAGGUGGCUUCUCGCAGUCUCCAGGCAUCUCCUCCCAGACACAUGGCUCCUCCUCACACUCGCAGGGCACGUCCAGCUCUUCCACCAACACAGCACCCACGUCCAGCCAGUCCUCUCAUUCCAGCUCGGGGACGCUGAGCUCCUUAGACACGGUGUCCACCCAGGAGCUCUGUUCCAUUCCUGAGGACCAAGAACCAGAGGAGCCUGUCCCUGCCCCCUGGGCUCGAUUAUGGGCCCUUCAGGAUGGAUUCCCCAAUCUUGAGUGUGUUAAUGACAGCUACUGGUUUGGGAGAGACAGAAGCUGCGAAUACUGCUUUGAUGAGCCACUGCUGAGAAGAACGGAUAAAUACCGGACUUAUAGCAAGAAGCACUUUCGGAUUUUCAGAGAAAUGGGUCCCAAAAACUCUUACAUCGCAUACAUAGAAGAUCACAGUGGGAAUGGAACCUUUGUAAAUAGAGAGCUUGUAGGGAAAGGAAGACGCCUUCCUUUGAAUAACAAUUCUGAAAUUGCACUUUCAGUGUGGAGUAAUAAAGUUUUUGUAUUUUUUGACCUGACUGUAGAUGAUCAGUCAGUUUAUCCUAAGGAAUUAAGAGAUGAAUACAUCAUGUCAAAGACUCUUGGAAGUGGUGCCUGUGGUGAGGUGAAGCUAGCUUUUGAAAGGAAAACAUGUAAGAAAGUAGCCAUAAAAAUCAUCAGCAAGAGGAAGUUUGCUGUUGGCCCUGAGAGAGAGGCAGAUCCAGCUCUCAAUGUUGAAACAGAAAUAGAAAUUUUGAAAAAACUAAAUCAUCCUUGUAUCAUCAAGAUCAAAGACUUUUUUGAGGCUGAAGAUUAUUACAUUGUUUUGGAAUUGAUGGAAGGAGGAGAGCUGUUUGACAGGGUGGUGGGGAAUAAACGCCUGAAAGAAGCUACGUGCAAGCUCUAUUUUUAUCAGAUGCUCCUGGCUGUACAGUAUCUUCAUGAAAAUGGCAUUAUACAUCGGGACUUAAAGCCAGAGAAUGUUUUACUCUCAUCUCAAAAAGAGGACUGUCUUAUAAAGAUUACUGAUUUUGGGCAGUCUAAGAUUUUGGGGGAGACCUCUCUCAUGAGAACAUUAUGUGGUACCCCUACCUACCUGGCUCCUGAGGUUCUUAAUUCCUUUGGGACUGCCGGAUAUAACCGAGCUGUGGAUUGCUGGAGUUUAGGAGUUAUUCUUUUUAUUUGCCUUAGUGGGUAUCCACCUUUCUCGGAGCAUAAGACUCAAGUGUCCUUGAAGGAUCAGAUCACCAGUGGAAAAUUCAACUUCAUUCCUGAAGUCUGGGCAGAGGUCUCAGAGAAGGCUCUGGACCUUGUCAAGAAGUUGUUGAUAGUGGAUCCAAAGGUGCGUUUUACGACGGAAGAAGCUUUAAGACACCCGUGGCUUCAGGACGAGGACAUGAAGAGAAAAUUUCAGAAUUUGCUUUUUGAAGAAAAUAAGUCGCCAGCUCCAUCCCAAGUCCCAGCCCAGCCUUCCACCAGUCGAAAGCGGCUUCUUGAAGGGGAAGCAGAGGACGCGGACACCACAAAGCGUCUGGCUGUGUGCGCUGCUGUGUCGUGACACUGGUUGAAUGAACGCAACCCGCCUUCUUUAACUCUGCUGCCAUUUUCUUUAAGUCUGUGUUUUGUAAUUAUGGGGAUGGUACCUUUUCCACGAUCGUCAGUACACAAUUCUAAACCCUUUGGGACCUGGGCUUUGUGCUUCUGCUUGAUGAUGAGCUCUUUAGUUGCACUGCCUUUUUUGUGUAUUUGGAGUUGUGUGCUUUCUUUCUGAAACGUUUAUCCAUUUUUGAGAGAGAGUGAGCAAGUGCAUGAGCAGGGGAGAGGCAGAGAGAGAGGAAGAGAGAGA